AAAAUAAUAAUAAUUCCUGUGAUGCUUUCUCGUCUCUAUCAAACACGUUCUUAUUUCACCACUAUGUUGAUAAAACCUGUCAAGUGUCUCAAAGACAAUUAUGCUUAUAUCUUACUCGACCAAAAGUCAAAGAAGGCUGCUGCUGUUGACCCUGUUGAACCCGAACAUAUCUUAAAGGCUUUAGAAGACUACCCAGACUACACAUUUUCCAUGAUCCUCACCACACACCACCAUUGGGACCAUGCUAGUGGUAAUAAGAAAUUGCUAGAAAAACCUUUUGCAAAAGAUGUUGUUUGCUAUGGUGGCUCAGAACAAGUGGAAGGUGUUCAGAAAAUCUUGAAAGAUAAUGAUACUGUCCAAUUGGGUGAUUUGACUAUCCGUGCCCUCACUACCACAGGCCAUACAAUGGAUCAUCUCUGCUAUUAUGUUGAACGUGGUAAUGAUCGCGCUGUAUUCACAGGUGAUUGUCUCUUUUCUUCUGGUUGCGGUCGUUUCUUUGAAGGAACUCCUAAAGAUAUGUGGACAGCUCUUUCUAAACUCAUGAAAUUGCCUGAUGAUACAAAAGUCUACUUUGGCCAUGAAUAUACAUCAUCUAACCUCAAGUUUGCUCAACACAUUGAGCCGGAUAACAAGCACAUUCAAGAAAAGAUUAAUUGGGCCAAGCAAGUUGGCUGUACUACACCCUCUACUAUUCAAAAUGAGAAAUUGACGAACCCCUUUAUGCGUGUACAAGAAUCUGAAGUCAUUCAUCGAGUGAUCAAGAACCCAACUUCAGACACUCAUCCUUAUGAUGUCUUGGGUGAAAUUCGUAAAAUGAAGGACAACUUUUAAAUAAAAUAAAAUGAUGU